AUGGCGCCUCUUGUUCCGUCGCAGGAGGAGCUGCAGCGUCGCCGUAUCAUCGGCAUCAACGCAGAAACUGUCACCAACAUCCCCUCCACGGACUUUCCCGGUCACUGGCCUGGAGAAUCGCAUAGCUGGGCACUCGACAAAUUUAAGAACGGCUUCAAUGUCGAAUUUCACCGCAAUGACCCAUAUGAAGCCUCGUUCUCCCUCAUCGGACUGGACGCUGCUGUCGCUAAUGCCUUCCGCCGAAUCCUUAUGGCCGAGAUCCCUACCCUGGCUAUUGAAUAUGUUUUCGUGCACAACAACACCUCCGUCAUCCAAGAUGAGGUCCUCGCUCAGCGUCUAGGUCUAAUCCCACUGAAGGGCUCCGUAGAGGGAAUCAAUUGGAUGCAGUGGUUCCGCAAAGAAAGCGAAGAAGAUGAUGGGACUCCAGCCGAUACCCCUAGUGAUUUCAAUACGGUCGUGAUGCACCUUGACGUGGAGUGCACCAUCAAUGCCGAUGCCGAGCCGGGCGAGCAAGACCCACGCAAACUUUACCACAACGCUCACGUUUAUGCAAAGGACCUUACCUUCCACGCCGUUGGUCGUCAAGAAGAAUAUUUCGCUGGAGAUGGAGCUAUCCAACCCGUCAACCCCGACAUCCUUAUUGCAAAGCUCCGUCCCGGACAGGUCAUUCAACUGGAAAUGCACUGUAUCAAGGGUAUCGGAGCCGAUCAUGCCAAGUUCUCCCCUGUUGCUACUGCCAGCUACCGUCUUCUUCCAGAUAUUAAGAUUGAGCGCCCGAUUAUCGGCGAAGAUGCGAAAAAGUUUGCCAAGUGCUUCCCCAAGGGCGUGAUUACUCUUGAACCUGUCACUUCUGCUGAGGCUUCGCGCCCUGGGAGUGGAUACGAGGGACACGCUGGUGAGCUGAAAGCUGUGGUACGGGAUGCAUUCAAUGACACCGUUAGCCGAGAGUGUCUGCGUCACGAGGAGUUCCAGGGCAAGGUUAAGCUUGGCCGUGUGCGGGACCACUUCAUUUUCAAUGUGGAGAGCACAGGCCAGUUUGAGAGUGAUGUUCUCUUCUUGGAAGCUGUCAAGGUUCUGAAGUUGAAGUGUGCGCGGUGGAAGCGUGGCCUGAGCGAUCUCAUGGCCUAA